UCUUUCUUCCCCUCUUUCGUUCCGACCGUUGUCUCUCCCUCCUGUCCUCUCGCGCGCUCUGUUUGAUCCGUGCGGCCGCCAUCUUUUCCAUCGUCCCAUCGACACGCUACCGCUCGGAUCGAUAGAUAGAGCACGACCGCGCUGUACUAGUCUCUUCUUGGCCCCUUCUCUUCUCAGACGCACUUUCUCGCGAUCCCGGAUCUGCUCCCGCGCGAGCCUUGCGUUUCGCUCGCCUCAAGUACUUCGCAUCUCCCCGUCUCCCGUCUCGACCCCGCCUCGCUGGCUCCUCACAGCAAACAAAGCUGGCGCCCUCGUUUGACCGCAACAAGUCGCACCACGACGUGCGCCGAAGGGUAUCGCUCCCGCCGUCCAUCCGGAAUCGCUUCAGGAGCCACGCAGACUCCGCCGCCGCCGCAGCCGCCGCGUCUGCAUUCACCGCUGGGAACACCAUGGCAAGGUCCGGCCAGAGCUCGUUCACGAGAACCGGCUCUCUUACCAAGAAGAGUUCGAGUCCCGCCCGCCACCGCGUCGCGGGCCUCGCGGGGGGGCCCGUGCAGAGAUACAGUGCCGUUGUUCUGGGCGCGGGAGGCGUCGGGAAAUCCGCUCUCGUGAUGCGCUAUGGGAAGAACGUCUUCCUCGAGCAGUACGACCCGACGAUAGAAGAGGAGUACGAUCUGACCGUCGAGUACGAGGGGAAGCGCAGUUUUCUGCACCUCGUGGACACUGCGGGGACGGAGCAGUUCACGGGCAUCAAUGAGAGUUACAUUCAGAGGGGCGUAGGGUUCGUGCUGGUGUUUAGUUUGACGCAGGAAGCCACCUUGAAGGAAGUGGACCACAUCCGGCAACAAAUCCAUAGGAUCAAGGGCGGCGACGAGAACGUCCCCAUGGUCGUCGUAGGGACCAAGUUGGAUCUAAUGGGCGAGCGGGAAGUAUCAAGCGAGAAGAUGCAGGAGCUCGCCAUGAAGUGGGGCGUACCGUUCUACGAGACGUCCGCUAAGAAGGGAUGGCACGUCAACGAGGCGUUCGACCACCUGCUUGCGAGCAUGCGGAAACGGUACCCAGAAGGAGACCCGAAGAGCAAGAGGAGGCGAAGAGACCAGUGCGUCAUUAUGUAACACGACCACGGUAUCCCGCCUCGUUCUCUUGCGUCUCUCUCUGUGCUUUUGCCGCUAUUCCGCGCAUCGUCGUUGCGUCGCUCGCUCUUCUCCCACUCCCGCUCGCUUUGUGUGUCGUGACGGACCAGAUACCGCUAAAAUACACAGUACCCGGAUCCAGCUACUUCCCAUUCCUAUCCUAGUACCACCGCACGAACCCCCCGUUCGCAUACCAUGUAUUUCUACUUCUGCCCUUUACGACCCACAGCCCGACCACAGCCACUCGUUACCUUCAAAGCACUUCGCAUGCCAGAUCCCGACCCGUCUCGCACGCCUGCACUGCCUACAUUACUCCAUCAGCUGAUUGCUAUACUGUAUACAGCCACAGUGCCUCGGACUGGCGUCCCACCCUGCAUUCGUGUAACACCUUACACCUGCGUUCACCUACGGUUCGCAUUGGCUCCGGAUACGUAUACGACACACCACUGUUUAGUAGCCCGCACACAUAAUCGUCUCUCGUUCGUCGGUAGUCCGUACGCAUUAGUGUUCUGAUUAGUUCUCCUUCGCACUAGCGACUACCGGACACCUUACAUGGUACCGUACCUGGCACCCUAGUGCUGCUGUACACACAUUCCACUUUAUGCCUAUGCAUCCUUUG